CUCCUCGCCCAGCUCACCGACCACAAGGAGACUCUCCAGUACCUGCAGCAGAACGCCAAGGAACGAGCAGAGCUGGCAGCAGCCACCACCAACAGCACCACCACCCCUGCCGCCUUCGCCGCCCCCAAGAUGACCGUGCAGGAGCUGGAGGAGCUGCGCAAGCAACUGGGCACCGUCACCACCGCCUCUGCCACCCAGCAGCCUCUGGAGUUUGUGCGGAAGGCGCUUAGAGAGAAGCAGAACAAGAAGAAUCCCGGCCAGCCCGUCCCGUCGUUCCCUGCCUGGGUGUAUGAGAGACCAGCACUUAUUGGGGAUUUUCUCACCAGCUCCAGUUUGAGCACAGACACAGCGGUGCCCAUAGGAUCAUUACCUCUGGCCUCCCAAGAGUCUGCGGUUGUGGAGGACCUCUUGUACGUGUUGAUUGGUGUGGAUGGCAGAUACAUCACUGCACAGCCCCUGGUUGGGAGAGAGAACCGCACUUUCCUUGUGGACCCUAACUUAGACAUGUCCGUCAAAGAACUGGUCACCAGGAUUCUUCCCGUUGCUGCAAGUUACUCCCUCGUAACAAGGUUCAUAGAGGAGAAGUCCUCCUUUGAGUACGGGCAGGUGAACCACGCUCUGGCAGCCGCCAUGAGGACCCUGGUGAAAGAGUACAUGAUCCUGAUCACCCAGCUGGAGCACCUGCAGCGCCAAGGACUGCUCUCUCUCCAGAAGCUCUGGUUCUACAUCCAGCCCACCAUGCGGACCCUGGAGAUCCUGGCCUCGCUGGCUGCUUCUGUGGACAAAGGGGAGUGCCUGGGAGGCUCGACGCUCAGCUUGCUCCACGACAAGACGUUCAACUACACAGGCGACAGCCAGGCGCAGGAGCUGUGCCUGUACCUCACCAAGGCUGCCAGCGUCCCCUACUUUGAAAUCCUGGAGAAGUGGAUCUACAGAGGGAUUAUCAACGAUCCUUACAGUGAGUUCAUGGUAGAAGAACAUGAGCUGCAGAAGGAAAAGAUCCAGGAGGAUUAUAAUGAUAAAUACUGGGAUCAAAGAUACACCAUUGUUCAACAACAGAUUCCCUCCUUCCUACAGAAGAUCGGAGACAAAAUACUUAGCACAGGGAAAUAUUUAAACGUCGUGCGGGAGUGUGGCCAGGAUGUUACGUGUCCGGUGGCAAAAGAGGUCAUCUAUACUUUAAAGGAGCGGGAAUAUGUGGAGCAGAUCGAGAAAGCCUAUAACUAUGCCAGCAAAGUCCUGCUCGAUUUCCUGAUGGAAGAAAAAGAGCUGGUGGCCCGCUUAAGGUCGAUCAAGCAUUACUUCCUGAUGGACCAGGGUGACUUCUACGUGCAUUUCAUGGACCUCACAGAAGAAGAGCUGAAAAAGCCCGUGGAGGACAUCAUCCCCACCAGACUGGAGGCUCUGCUGGAAUUAGCCUUGAGAAUGAGCACAGCAAACACAGACCCAUUCAAGGAUGACUUAAAGAUCGAUCUAAUGCCGCAUGACCUCAUCACGCAGCUCUUGAGAGUCCUCGCCAUUGAAACCAAGCAGGAAAAGGCCAUUAUCCAUGCAGAACCCACUGAGCUUUCCCUGAGUGGCCUGGAAGCUUUCUCUUUUGAUUACAUUGUCAAAUGGCCGCUCUCUCUGAUCAUCAACAGGAAGGCCUUGACCCGCUACCAAAUGCUCUUCCGGCACAUGUUUUACUGCAAGCACGUGGAGCGGCAGCUGUGCAACGUCUGGAUCAGCAGCAAAGCAGCCAAGCAGUAUUCGCUGCAUUCCUCCAAGUGGUUUGCAGGUGCCUUCACUCUGCGCCAACGCAUGCUCAACUUUGUGCAGAACAUCCAGUACUACAUGAUGUUUGAAGUGAUGGAGCCCACGUGGCACAUCCUGGAGAAGAAUCUCAAGUCGGCCUCCAACAUAGAUGAUGUCUUGAGCCAUCACACAAGCUUUCUCGACAACUGCUUGAAGGACUGCAUGUUGACCAACCCGGAGCUGCUGAAGAUCUUCUCCAAGAUGAUGUCCGUCUGUGUCAUGUUCACCAACUGUAUGCAGAGGUUCUCCCACAGCAUGAAACUGGAUAAUGAGCUAGGCCGUCUCACGGUGGAACAUGGGACCAUGCGGGGCCCACCUACUGAGCAGGAGCGUGUGGAGGAGUCUGCACGGAAGCAGCUGGCCAACAGGCUCCUAGCCGAGCACGCAGACACCUUGCACCUGACUUCGGGCUUCGAAGCCACCAUCAACAAGUUUGACAGCAACUUCUCCGCCCACCUCCUGGACCUCCUGGACAAGCUGAGCCUUUACAGCACCAAUGACUGUGAGCACAGCAUGAUCAACAUCAUCUACAGGCUGGACUUCAACGGCUUCUACACAGAGCGCUUGGAGCACCUGUCUGCCGAGCGGAGCCAGAAGGCAGCCUCCCAAGCAGCACCUCCUCCCCGAGUCGUCCUUGUGGCUGCUGCUCAGUGACGCCCUCCCACUGAAGAGCAUUUCCCCAGGGGAGGGGCUGAGAGGGCAGAUGUGCUCCCGGCGCAGCAGCAGUCGAAGCUUGAAGCGCAAGGCCCAGCGGCUGUUGCUGGAAGGUGGAUGUGGAAUGGAUUCUGUUUCUGAGGGGCAUCCACACUUUUAUACACAAAACUAACUUGUACAGUUGUGUGUUUUACUUGAAAAUAAAAAUCUUUAGUGGUAUUC